AGUAGUAUCGACGGAAGUUGAAAACGUGUAGAAUACUUCCGGUAUAAAUGUAAAUUAAAUUUUGUUAUUUUUUCUGGGAAUAUUUUUCACUACUAGACUGCAGUAUCAAUUCUGAUUCGGAAAUUGAGUUACAGAUUACCAUUUUUCUAUAUGAUGCUUUUCAAUAAUCAUAAAUGGCCGUUGAUUAUUGCGAUUGAAAUUUGUAUCAAUUAACCAUUUUUGUUGUGGACUCUAGGCAAAAAAAAAAUUGAGAUAACUGAGACUUUUAUAGUCCUGCUAUAAAUAACAUUUGUUAUAAUAUAUAUUGUUGGGUUGGUUACAGUGGAUGGCCUUCAUGUCGAAAAAGAAGCGUUGGAAAUUUGACAUUGACUUAACAAUAGAAGGAGCAACAUCAGUCAGUUUAACAAAUGGCACACUUUUCGUAAAGGUUCGAAUUGUUGAUGGUAAAAGCGUUGAGAAUAAUAUUUCAGAGAAAGUUCAAGUAAAAAAUCACGAAAUUGCUUGGAAUCACAAUGUUACUUUCACCGCGAAAAUGACAGCGAAUAAUUCGACAGACGUCCUAAAAACAUAUCUGGUAAGAAUAUCUGUUCGAUUGGAUGAACAGGGAGGGAAGUCAUAUAAAAAAUUAGGAUACGUGGAAUUAGAUCUUGCUGAAUAUGCCAAAAAUGGCGAACCUAUACGAAAACGUUGUUUACUCAAAUCGUACGAUGUUAAGAAACGCCCUGAUAACACUCUUCUCUGCAUUAAAUUAGGCAUGAAACUCGCUGAAGGGACUCCAAAUUUUAUAUGUAAGGAGCCUGAACAGACCAACGAUGUAACGGAUUCCAAAUCGAAGACAGAAGAUGGCGCAAGUGUCGCUUCACUAUCUUCGGGUUUCGGUAGCUUAACCCGAGGUAAUCAUGUUCACAUGAGUCAAGAACCAGAAGGGGGAGUUGGUAAAGGUCAUUCCAGGCACGGCAGUCAGGUAGAUAUGAAGGUAUAG